AUGUCAGACUUCGACGAGACCCUCCGCUACGGCGGCCCACAAGCUGAUGAGGAGAAAGAUGAUGCCGCACGCAAAGCCGAAGAGCGUGAACGCAAGAAGGCUGAAGUGCGAAAGCGGCUGGAAGAAGCUGGACAGAAAAAGAAGGCCAAGAAGGGUUUCCUAACACCUGAAAGAAAGAAGAAACUUAGG